AUGAUUAAGGGAAUUAUGAUAUUUUUGGCAUGUAUGCAAGCCAUAUAUGCUUUUCAACCAGAAUGCGAAAAUUCAGCUUACGGCAUUGGUGCAAACAGUUGCACAAGAUUUUACGUGUGCGUGAUGUCGAGGAUUGUGAAAAUGGAAUGUCCGGACCAGAAACAUUUUGAUGUUAAAUUAGGAAAAUGCGUUUUACCGGAAGAAAGCGAUUGUCAAGCGAAAGCGGACUUCAUCGGUGGUGGAAUCGAAUGGAUUAUCAACCCUCAUCGUCCGAGCCAUCCAGAACAUCCGAAGUUUCCUCAUUGGCCAGAGUUCCCAGAAUUUCCCGAAUGGCCUGAGUUUCCAGAAUUUCCAGAAUGGCCAGAGUUCCCAGAAUUCCCCCAUUUCCCACACAAUCCACAUAAACCAACUACAUAUAGACCAACUACUUCUAAACCGACUACAGUUAAACCCAUUACAGUUCCGCCAACUACCACUAAACAAACAACUACUGAACCAACAACUAUUCAUCCAACCACCACUGAAGUCAGCACUACUCAAUCAAAACCAGAGAAUGAAGUGAAAUGCCCAACUGAGAACGGUCCAGUUCCAGUAUUUCAUCGUCACCAAACCGACUGCACAAAGUACUACAUCUGCGACUGGGGUCAUCCUUUCAUGAUGGAUUGCCCAGCUGGUCUUCAUUUCAAUGCAGAUCUCAAUGUUUGCGAUUGGCCUGCCAAUGCCAACUGUUUAGUUACCGUUAAUUAAAUAUGCACUAAUGAA